AUGUUGGGCCGCUUGUUUCACUAUACGACCGAUGUGAUGCUCGUGUCGACCGUGCUUGCGGGCAUCAAGCAUACAUCGGGACUUGCGGUCAAUGUGGAUGCGAUUCCGGAGCAGAACGUGCGCGGCGUCCUGCGGUCUCUUCUCGGUGCGGGCGAAUACCUGUUUGAGUCCUCGCUCUCGUUCGCACAGAACAGCAAGUACUUCCAUGUAGAUACGAUCGAUCUGCUAGUCUUGCCGCAUCCUCGCUCACAUAUCCCCACCUACUUUGCCGUGCCCCAAGCGCCGUGUCCACACGAAAUGUACGAGCUGGUUGUGGUGCGCCCCGAGAAAAGCGCCGCGCGCAGUUGGUUUAUCAGCUCGUCCGCGCAGGAGCAGGGACACGUGCUUGGGGACGGUGCACUGCGCCUCUUGUCACCUGUAGAUCCCGUAUUUGUGCUGCUUGGACUGCUUGCACCGGACUCCGCACGCUGCGAGAGCCGCCAAUUCCGUGCAUGGGAUGAUCUUGUGGAUGGCGCGUGCGACUGGCACGCACAGCAUCGCGCACAAUGGCACGAUAUUCCCGUAUUUCUCGGCAUGCAGCGCGUGCUUGCACACGCCGACCGAAUCUGUGAUACCCAGGCGAUGCCGACAGGCGACGGGCACGUCUAUCGCCUCAAUGUUGCCAAAAUUCACGCGCUCCUCGAUGUAAAAGCGCAAAAGCUGCUCGCUGACGACGUGUGGGCCAAAGCGCCCGAAACACUCGGACGGUACGCACGCAAGUGCUUGGACAGCACGCCUGGGAAGACGGCGGACGAGCAGUAUGAGGCGGCGCGGCGCAAUACUGUCAAGAGUCUCUUGCACGCGCACAUUCCAGCAUGCAUCGCUGCGGGGUGGACGUAG